CGCGUCCUGGACUUUCUCAACGGUGGAGAAAACACACAGCUCACAUUCCCUUCACCACCGAUCUGUCGCCUUCGACGUAAUACACACUUGUCCUCUCCACCCCACCUCGCUGGAAACGAGGAUUCACAUGUCUUCUUGUCAGUAGACACAACAGCUCACGAUGGAGGGACCGCUCUCCCCAGGGGCCACCAAUGGCACUUCACGAGCGCCCAGUCCCACACCGCCUACUAUCGACCCUCAGAUAAUCGUCGAUUACCUGGAAAAGGUCCUCGACGUCAAUCUUGGCGCUACAGAGCGAGAUCUCCAUGCGCUUGGCAGCUUGCUCUCGGACGACAAGCGCACCGACACCCUGCAGAGAUGCGCGCAGUUCUCGAAGGAGAACCAGUCGGUGCUCUAUGUUGUCAAGGAGAGAAGUGCUGAGGCUUCUAUAGACGGGUUGGACGGGACCAAUGGCGUCUCGCAGCACUACACAUACACGGUUUCCUCCGAACUCACUGCAUCUCCUCACUGCGCAGCAUUUGUUGUCCUUCAGAAGCGACCGAUACCCAUAGACUCUUCCAUACCCAUUAGCGCACAAGUUCGGAUUUCGACACUCCCCGGCUUUAUACUUUCUAAUAACAACUCGUCUCAAGAUGGCGCUCCCUUUGAGUACAUCCAUUCUUUCAUUCAGACUGCCUUCGAACCGUAUUUCGACAGCUACAACAAGACGAAAAGCUUGCGCAACCCGAAGGAACUUUACAGCCAGGGCGACAGCGACUCAAGGACUGGCAUUUCGGCGGCGAAAAAGAAGAUGGCCGAGUUGGCAUUGGCAAUGCAGCACUUGUUAGAUAACGCUGACAUCCCCGAGUUGCUCUUGCCGUUGCACCCACAAAUUCUGCUGGCACUUCAGGAUGCAGAAGCUCGGGACUUGAAACCUUCUCCGGAUCUGAUCCCCGCCAACGUGGUGCAGGAUAGUACCUUUCUGAACCAGCUGCAGGGAACUGUCAACGGCUGGAUCAAGUCUAUACAAACCAUCACCAAGACCUCUCGCGAUGUUUCGACUGGCACAGCACAGCAGGAAAUCAACUUCUGGAUUUCCAUGGAGUCCAGGCUGCACGACAUCGAGACUCAGCUCAGCAGUGCAGGUGUCAGGUUGACUUUGGACGUGCUGAAGAAUGCGAAGCGAUUCCAGGCUACAGUCAGUUUCAGUGCGGACACUGGCUUGAAGGAGACCACCGACUUGGUACAAAAGUACAACUCGCUGAUGAAGGAAUUCCCACUGGACCAAUUGCACACAUCCACAUCUCUGGUUGCUGUCGAAGAUGCCAUCAAUCAGAUCUUCAACCAUCUCAACAAGAAGCUGCGCAUUUGUCCGUACCCGAUUCGUCGAGCCCUACCUUUGGUCGAAGCUAUCUCAGCUGACCUCGAUGCUGAGCUGCAUAAGAAGCUAUCAGGCCGGACAUUGAUGCAUAUGGAUUAUCCCGAGUUUCAGGCGAUCAUGGAUGUUGCAGAGAAGAUCUGGCGCACAUGGGAGGAGGACGUCAAAGAGUUCACGAACGUUGCUCGUGAAGUGACGAGGCGCAGGAACGAGAAGUUCAUCCCCAUAAAGAUUAACCCGCGUCAUCGAGAGACCGAAGAGCGUAUUCGUUACGUUACCACCUUCAGGAAGAACCACGAGCAGCUGCAGCGCACCAUCGUCAACGUCCUUGGCACUCAAUCCACGUCAUCUGAUGGAUCGCAGAUCAAGGAAGUGAUCAUUGAGGAGAUCGGCGAUGUUGACGCUGUCAAGGAAGUCAAGGAAGCCUACGACGUUCUCAAGGAUGUUGACGUCUUGGAUGUAUCGCCAGAGGGCACACGGCUGUUCGAGCAGGCUGAGCAAAAGUACAACGAGCGUACUUCACGCGUUGAGAAUUCGAUCAUUGCUAGGCUUCGAGACCGUCUCGGCACCGCCAAGACCGCGAGCGAGAUGUUCCGUGUCUUCUCCAAGUUUAAUCCUCUUUUUGUGCGACCCAAGAUUCGAGGAGCUAUCUCGGAGUACCAGACACAACUGAUCGAGAGCGUCAAGCAGGACAUCCAAGCGCUGCACGAACGCUUCAAGCGCCAGUACGCGAACUCCGAAGCGCAUGCGAUGGCACAACUCCGAGACUUCCCUCCGGUUUCUGGCGCCGUCAUUUGGGCGCGACAGAUCGAGAUUCAGCUCGACAAGUAUAUGGGCAAGGUUGAGGACAUCCUGGGGAAAGACUGGGUUCUCCACGCGGAAGGACAGAAGCUCCAAGCGGAGAGCAACAUGUUCAAGAAGAAGCUAGACACACGUCCCAUCUUUGAGACAUGGCUGCAGGCAGUUGCACGAAAUAAACUUUCAAUCUCUGGACGUUUAUUCCUUGUCAGCAGGAAUCGGGCUGCGGGUAAUGUCCUGGAGCUGAACGUGAACUUCGACGGCCAGGUUAUUGCUCUUUUCAAGGAGGUGCGCAACUUGACAUGGCGUGGCUAUCAAGUCCCUCACGGCAUCAACAACAUCUCUAAAGAAGCCAAGCGCGUCUACCCUUACGCCGUCAGCCUAAUGGAGAGCGUCCGAACGUACACCCAGACCGUUCGCUCGAUUUCCGAACUGAGUGGGAUUGCUCUUCUGCUCAACAACUAUGCCAACGAUGUUCAAACCCUGAUUCAGAAGGGUGUACCCCUCAAGUGGGAGUCCUUUGUUCAUGCAUACGACUUGCAUGUUCGCCAACCCGGGUUUCCUGCAGGAGCUGGAAGUGUCCGGAGCGAGAGUAAGCAUGUGCAAUUUGUUCGGGACUUCCAGGCCGCAACCUCUCUGCUCCAAACGAAAGUUGCUACUCUUGUGAGUAUCAACGCUGUAGUCGACAAAGCGCUGAAGGAACUGGAGACAUGCCCAUAUAACAAGGAGAAUUUCCAACAGAACCUGGAGACUAUUCAGAAGUCCGUUGAUCAGCUCAAUCUUGAGAAUUACGCCAACCUUGCGACAUGGGUAUCAGAUAUGAACACUCGAAUUGAGUCCAUUCUUCUCGUGCGCCUGAGAUAUGCUGUGUCGCAAUGGGUUGACGUCUUCAACAACGGCGGCGAAGACGAGGACGAUCGUCGGCCUACCAGCGACCCCGCAGGCGGAGAAAUUAACGAAGUCAAGCCGACGUUAUCUCAGCUCACAUUAGAAAUUACUAUGCGGAAUCAGGUGAUCUAUCUGAGUCCACCGGUGGAGUACGCCCGGGCAAGCUGGCUUGAGCAGCUUCAACAAUGGCUUGCCGUCGUUUGCACGCUCCAAAAGAUCAAAGCUUCGCGAUACGAAAUUCGACUGGAAUCGACAAAGGAUGUCUCGAACAAUCAAUUUUCCGAUCUACCGAGCAAGUGCACUGAUUCGUUGAUCGAAGUGUACGGCGCGGUUGAGGGCAAGCUAGGCGAUAUCUCUGCCUACGUUGAUGAAUGGCUCCAGUUCCAGUCUUUGUGGGAUCUGCAAUCCGAACACGUGUACGAUAUACUCGGAGAAGACCUUUCACGAUGGCUGCAGCUUUUGCAAGAGAUCCGCAAGACCCGCUCUACAUUCGACAACUCUGAGAUCAGCCGUCGUUUCGGCUACGUUACGGUAGACUACGACCAGGUGCAGGUGAAGGUUAAUGCCAAGUACGACCAAUGGCAACAAGAGAUCCUUGCCAAGUUUGCAAAUAGGCUCGGCCAACGCAUGAACGAGGUCUUCGUUGAAAUUGCGAAAGCACGCAAGGAUCUCGAGGUGCAGACGCUUGAAGCAUCCUCGACAGCCCAGGCUGUAUCGUUCAUUACUACCGUGCAGCAAUGCAAGCGCCAGGUCAUGGAAUGGGAACCCGAGAUCUCGACCUUCCGACAGGGAACAGCUACUCUGAACCGCCAACGCUACCAGUUUCCUCAGAACUGGCUGCCGAUGGAGCAAAUCGACCAUGAGUGGCAGACGUUGACUGAGGUUCUGGCUCGCAAGACCAAGAUUGCCGAUGAUCAGGCUGAUGCACUCCGAGCGAAGAUCGCUGCCGAAGACAAGAUUGUCAACCAGAAAAUUUCCGACGUGACCGCCGAGUGGGCUACGGAGAAGCCGGUCGCUGGGGACCUUGCUCCGGAAGAUGCAACCGCUGUCCUCACCAGAUACGACAAGAGAAUCGACCAAUUGACAACCGAAUCUAGCAACCUCUCGAAAGCCAAAGAAGCUCUGGGACUACCUCCUUCUCCCAUCAACGUUCUGAAUACGCUCUACGAAGAAGUGCAUGAUUUCAAGCAGGUCUGGGCGAGGGUGGGCACCAUCUGGGCGUCUCUCGAUGACCUGCGCGAGCAACUCUGGACUAGUAUACAGCCACGACGGCUGAGGAAGAACCUCGACGACUUGGACAAGACCACGAAGGAGUCCCUGCCCAGAAUUCGGCAGUACCAAGCCUUCGAGUAUGUGCAGAAAACACUGAAGCAGCUCCAGAAAGAGCACAAAAUCAUCGAAGACCUGCGCUCUGAUGCUGUGCGCGAGCGUCACUGGGUCAAGGUUUUCAAGCAAUUGAAGCCUGGGAAGAUGUACUCACCUACUGCCAUGACCUUGGGUGACGUGUGGGAUCUCAAGCUUGGCCCUAGCGAAAAGAUCAUCCGAGGCGUGCUUGAACAGGCGUCUGCCGAGAUGGCGCUAGAAGUGUACGUCAAAGAUGUCCGCGAAACAUGGCAGAACUACGAACUACAACUGGUUAACUACCAGAACAAAUGCCGCCUCAUUAAGGGUUGGGACGAGCUUUUUGCCAAGUGUAGUGAAAAUCUUAGUGGGCUAGCAACAAUGCGACUGUCCCCGUACUUCAAGGAGUUCGAGGAAGAAGCUUCGGUAUGGGAAGAUCGACUCAACCGCGUCCACGUCCUGUUCGACGUCUGGAUCGAUGUGCAGCGUCAAUGGGUUUACCUGGAAGGAGUGUUCACUGGCAACGCAGACAUUAAACAUUUGCUGCCGAUGGAAUCAUCACGUUUCAACAAUAUCAACGCCGAGUUCCUGACAGUUAUGAAGAAGGUCGCGCGUCAGCCCUUCGUAAUGGAAGCUCUUAACAUAACGGGCGUACAACAGUCGCUCGAUCGGCUCGCGGACAUGCUCACUAAGAUCCAGAAAGCCCUGGGAGAGUAUCUUGAACGCGAACGCGUCGCAUUUCCUCGCUUCUAUUUCGUUGGUGACGAGGAUCUUCUUGAGAUUAUCGGAAACAGCAACGAUGUUCUUCGCAUCGCUAAACAUCUGAGAAAGAUGUUUGCUGGUCUUUGUGGUCUGACCACUGACGGGGACGGUGUCAUCACAGGCUUCAGCUCCAAGGAGGGCGAAGAGGUCGAGUUGCGCAAAAACGUUUCCCUUGUUCAGACACCGCGAAUCAAUGAGUGGCUUGGCGCGCUCGAGAUGAAUAUGAAGACCACUCUGGCGGAGUUGACGUAUGAGGCCUUUGAGCAGUUCGCCCAGCUCAUGGCUGCCGAUGCGAUGGAUCCAUCCGCUUUCAACAACUACAUCGCCAAGUAUCCAACCCAGGUUGUUGUACUCGGAACUCAAAUCGCAUGGACCCAGGCAGUCGAGGCAUCUCUGACCGCUGGAGGCACUUCUCUGCCUGACCUGUACGAAAAGCAAGUCAAUAUUCUCAAGCUUUUGGCUGCAGCAGUUCUUGGCGACCUCGAGCCUAUCCAUCGUAGAAAGUGCGAAGAUCUUAUCACCGAAUUCGUUCACCAGCGCGAUGUCAUCCACAAGCUGCAGAAGGUCGGCGCGAGCUCACCGACCCACCAUAUGUGGCUACUGUCUAUGCGAUACGUAUACGAGCCCAGCAAUGAUCUAUUGCACCGCCUCAGGAUCAAGAUGGCUAACGCUGUUCUGGACUACGGUUUCGAGUACCUGGGUGUAGCCGAUCGUCUCGUCAGAACACCACUCACCGAUCGCUGUUUCCUUACUCUCACCCAGGCUAUGUGCCAGCGCCUUGGUGGUUCGCCAUACGGACCUGCUGGUACAGGAAAGACCGAAUCAGUCAAAGCUCUCGGUGUCCAGCUCGGUCGCUUCACUCUCGUCUUCUGCUGCGACGAUACCUUCGACUUUCAAGCCAUGGGUCGCAUCUUCCUUGGUUUAUGCCAGGUCGGCGCAUGGGGUUGCUUCGAUGAGUUCAACCGUCUUGAAGAACGUAUUCUUUCGGCUGUCUCCCAACAAAUCCAAAACAUCCAGCUUGGCCUCAAGAAGGGUGCCAAAGACGACAAGGCUCAGAUUGAACUAGUCGGUCGCCAGCUCAAGGUCAACGGCAACACAGGUGUUUUCAUCACGAUGAACCCCGGUUAUGCUGGUCGAUCUAACUUGCCUGACAACUUGAAGAAGUUGUUCCGAAGCAUUGCCAUGUCCAAGCCUGAUAAGGAGCUUAUUGCUGAAGUCAUGCUUUAUUCCCAAGGUUUCUCACAAGCAAAGGACCUCUCGAAGCAGAUUGUUCCAUUCUUCGACAGCUGUGCUUCCAGCCUAUCUAAGCAAGCCCACUACGACUUUGGUCUGCGUGCCCUCAAGAGUGUGCUCGUUAGCUCUGGUGGACUCAAGCGAGCUCGCAUCGCCAUCAUUGACGCUCAAGAGGCAGAUGAAGUUGUCAUGGAGCCUCAGAUUAUUGUUCAGAGUCUUCGAGAAACCAUCGCUCCCAAGCUCAUCCGCUCCGACGUCGAAAUCAUGCGAAGUAUCGAGGAUGAGGCCUUCCCUGGGGUUCAAUACAUUCCUGCGCCUCUCGACAAGCUCACCAAGGCCAUUCGCAAAAAAGCAGCCAAUUCGAAGCUCGUUGUUAGUGAGGGCUGGAUGACCAAGGUUCUCCAGCUUUACCAGAUCCAGAACUUGCACCAUGGUGUCAUGAUGGUAGGAUCGUCAGGCUCCGGCAAAUCAGCCGCAUGGAGAACGCUUUUGAGCGCGCUGCAAGAAGCCGAUGGUGUUGAAGGUGUCUGCCACGUAAUCGAUCCCAAGGUCAUGUCCAAAGAGCAGCUCUACGGUACUUUGGACAACACGACGCGCGAGUGGACCGAUGGUCUUUUCACCGGCAUCCUUCGCAAGAUCGUCGAUAACCUGCGUGGUGAGGACAGCAAGCGCCACUGGAUCGUCUUUGAUGGUGAUGUCGACCCUGAGUGGGUUGAAAACCUGAACUCUGUUCUCGAUGACAACAAACUUCUCACGCUGCCCAACGGUGAACGUCUCAACCUUCCGUCCAAUGUGCGCAUCAUGUUCGAGGUCGAGACGCUCAAGUAUGCUACCCUGGCCACAGUGUCUCGAUGUGGUAUGGUGUGGUUCAGCGAUGACACUGUCAACGUGGACAUGAUGAUCGACAACUACAUUCAGAACCUCAAGAGUACUGCGUUUGAAGACAUUGAGGAUGACUCUGUAGCACCAGGACAGAUGACACAGCAGACGCUUGCGACCCAGGGACUGAUUGCAGACUUCCUGAAAAUCAAGCUUACACAGGAUCGCUUUAUCGAAAAGGCGCUCAGCAUGGCUCGCAAAUUCAAGCACAUUAUGGACUACACCGACAUCCGCGCGCUUCACACCCUGUUCUCGCUUCUCAACAAGGCUUGCCGCAACGUCAUCGAGUAUAAUGUUCAGCACCAGGACUUUCCACUUGAAGACGACAAGAUGGAGGCCUAUUUGUCUAAAAAGCUGCUCGUUGCUAUCGUUUGGGCGCUUGUCGGCGACUGCCCGCUGUCAGACCGCAAGCAGUUCGGUGACCUCGUGGCUGGUAUGACCGAUGUUGAGCUGCCGCCUCUCAAUGAAUCUACCUCCCUCAUCGACUACGACGCCAAGCCUGAGAAGCCGGACUGGGAGAUGUGGCAAAAUCAGGUUCCUAAUGUUGAGGUCAACACCCACUCCAUCGUCCAGACCGACGUCGUUAUCCCCACACUCGAUACUGUCCGUCAUGAGGAUGUUCUCUACUCAUGGCUUGCUGAGCAUAAACCGCUGCUGCUUUGCGGACCACCAGGUUCUGGUAAAACGAUGACGCUCUUUAGCGCCCUUCGCAAGCUCCCGCACAUGCAAGUCGUUGGCCUCAACUUUUCUAGUGCGACAACUCCCGAUCUGCUCAUCAAAACUUUCGAGCAGUACUGCGAGUACAAGAAGACUGUGAACGGUGUCCAGCUCACCCCAACCCAGAUCGGUCGCUGGCUCAUUAUCUUCUGCGACGAGAUCAACUUACCUGCACCCGACAAGUACGGUACGCAACGUGCGAUCUCUUUCCUACGUCAGCUCGUCGAACACAAUGGUUUCUGGCGGACUUCGGACAAGACUUGGGUCACUCUUGAUCGCAUCCAGUUUGUUGGUGCUUGUAACCCUCCCACAGACGCUGGUCGUACGCCUAUGGGUCUGCGCUUCCUACGCCACGCUCCUCUGAUCAUGGUCGACUACCCCGGCGAGCAGUCCUUGCUUCAGAUCUACGGAACAUUCACCAGUGCCGUGCUGAAGAUCAUUCCGACACUGCGUGGGUACUCAGAUGCUCUAACCAGGGCCAUGGUACAGCUGUACUCCGAAUCUCAGAGGAGGUUCACUCCGGAUAUCCAGCCCCACUACGUUUACUCGCCCCGUGAGCUUACGCGCUGGGUACGUGGUAUCUACGAAGCCCUUCGACCGCUUGAGACGUUGCCGGUUGAAGGUCUCAUCAGGAUCUGGGCGCACGAAGCUUUGCGGCUUUUCCAAGAUCGUCUCAUCGCAGAUGACGAGCGAGCGUGGACCGAAGAUUGUGUACACCGUAUCGCAUUGGAGCAAUUCCCUACCAUCGACGAGGACAAAGCCCUCGGUGGACCUAUACUAUUCUCGAACUGGCUAUCAAAGAACUACGUGCCCGUCGAGCGUGAGCAGCUUCGAGACUUCGUCAAAGCCCGUCUCCGCACUUUCUGCGAAGAAGAGGUCGAUGUCCCGCUCAUUCUCUUCAACGAUGUUCUCGAACACGUCCUUCGUAUCGACCGUGUAUUCCGUCAGCCUCAAGGUCAUCUCAUCCUCAUCGGUGUCAGUGGUUCGGGAAAAACUACGUUGUCGCGCUUCGUAGCCUGGAUGAACGGCCUGAGCGUGUACCAGAUCAAGGUACAUGGCAAGUACACGGGCGAUGACUUCGAUGAUGAUCUCCGCAACGUACUCCGCCGCUGUGGUUGCAAGGGCGAGAAGAUCUGCUUCAUUCUCGACGAAGCCAACGUUCUCGACUCCGGUUUCCUGGAGCGCAUGAACACGCUGCUUGCCAAUGCCGAGGUUCCUGGUCUCUUCGAAGGCGACGAGUACGCUGCUCUGAUGACAUCCAUCAAGGAGGGCGCCCAACGGCAAGGCAUCAUACUUGACUCUCAGGAGGAGCUUUACAAGUGGUUCACAGAGCAAAUUGUCAAGAAUCUUCACGUUGUGUUCACAAUGAAUCCGCCCGAGGAAGGCCUCUCAUCCAAGGCUGCUACUAGUCCUGCUCUGUUCAAUCGUUGCGUACUCAAUUGGUUCGGGGAUUGGUCAGACCAGGCUCUGUUCCAGGUCGGUUCCGAACUGACGCACUCUGUGGAUCUGGACCGAUCGAACUAUGUUGCGCCAGAUAGCAUUCCCAUCGCUUACCGCGGGCUCAGCCUUCCACCCUCUCACCGCGAGAGUGUGGUCAAUGCAAUGGUUGCUGUCCACCACUCUCUGCGAAGCAAAAACGACAAGCUCCAGAAGACGCAGAACCGCAAGAUGUACUUGACGCCUCGCCACUUCCUAGAUUUCGUUGCGCAAUAUGUCAAACUCUACAAUGAAAAGCGCGAGGAUCUCGAGGAGCAACAACGUCAUCUCAACGUUGGUUUGGAAAAGCUACGGGAGACAUUUGACAAGGUCAGGGAUCUGCGAGUAAGCCUCGCUCAGAAGAAGACGCAGCUUGAACAGAAGUCUACAGAGGCAAACCAGAAACUGCAGCAAAUGGUUGCAGAUCAGCGUCAGGCCGAGGAGAAAAAGGCUGGUGCAAAGGUGCUAGAAGCUCAACUUCAACAAGAACGCACAGCAAUCCAGGAGCGAAGUACGGAGGUCAACCGGGACCUGGACGCGGCGGAACCGGCUGUCCUUGAGGCACAGAAGAGCGUUCAGAACAUCAAGCGCCAGCACUUGACCGAAGUUCGAUCUAUGGGCAACCCACCAGCUGGUGUCAAGCUCGCUUUGGAAGCUGUGUGUACGCUCCUUGGACACAAACCAGACAGUUGGAAAACCAUCCAAGGUAUCGUCAGGCGUGACGACUUCAUUGCCAGCAUCGUUGCCUUUGACAAUGAGAGGCAGAUGACCGCUCCGCUUCGUCGCAAGAUGCAGGCAGACUAUCUGUCCAAGGAAGACUUCACUUUCGAGAAGGUCAAUCGUGCAUCGAAGGCUUGCGGUCCCCUUGUACAGUGGGUCCAAGCACAGGUCAUGUACUCCGAGAUUCUUAACCGAGUUGAACCUCUCCGCAAGGAAGUCGCUGAGCUCGAACAAAAGCUGGAAGAGACUGAACAGGGUGCUCACGAGACCCAGGUUUUGAUUGAAAGGCUCGACCAGAAUAUCAAGCGUUACGAGGAAGACUACGCCGUAUUGAUCAGUGAGACGCAAGCGAUCAAGACUGAGAUGUCAACCGUCCAGUUCAAGGUCGAUCGUAGUGUACGUCUUCUUGACAGUCUGUCUUCCGAACAAUCCCGAUGGGAGGAGAGCAGCAAAUCGUUCGACUCACAGAUCGACACCAUUGUUGGCGACGUACUCGUUGCUGCUGCCUUCAUCGCCUACGCCGGAUAUUACGACCAGCAGUACAGGAAGGCUUUGACAGAAGAUUGGUAUGACCAGCUCAAGAAUUCCGGCAUUAGCUUCAAGACGCCCAACCCGAUCACGGAGUAUCUUUCGACUGCCGAUGAUCGAUUGACGUGGCAGCACAAUGGUCUGCCCGUUGACGAUCUGUGUACCGAGAACGCUAUCGUGCUCCAGCGCUUCAACCGUUACCCUCUCAUUAUCGACCCGUCAGGCAGGACUACCGAGUUCCUGCAAAACGAAUGCAAGGACCGUCGCCUUACAGUCACGAGCUUCCUGGACGAUUCUUUCGUAAAGCAGCUCGAGAGUUCAUUGCGUUUCGGUAACCCCAUCCUCAUCCAGGACGCUGAAUAUCUUGAUCCAAUCCUGAAUCAUGUUCUCAACAAGGAGUACCAGAAGACUGGUGGCCGUGUGCUCAUUCAGCUUGGCAAACAAGAGAUAGACUUCUCGCCAACAUUCCGCUUGUACCUCUCGACACGCGAUCCUUCCGCCAACUUCGCUCCUGACAUCUGCAGUCGUACCACCUUCGUUAAUUUUACGGUUACGCAGAGCAGCUUGCAGACGCAGACUCUCAAUGAAGUCCUCAAGUCCGAGAGACCCGAUGUCGAUGAGCGACGAUCCAACCUCAUCAAGAUGCAGGGCGAGUUUGCUGUCCAUCUUCGCCAACUCGAGAAGCGUCUUCUACAAGCCCUCAACGAGUCUCGUGGCAACAUUCUUGACGACGACCGUGUCAUCGAGACCCUUGAGACGCUCAAGAAGGAGGCAAAGGAGAUCUCGGACAAGGUCUCGGAGACCGCCGGCGUCAUGACAGAGGUCGAGAACAUCACCAAGGAGUACACUGUCGUUGCUCGUUCCUGCUCGGCUAUCUUUGCUGUUCUGGAGCAAUUGCAUCAUCUCAACCACUUCUACCAGUUCUCCCUGCGGUAUUUCACGCAAAUCUUCGAGGCUGUGCUUCGAAAGGUCAGGGACGGCUCUAGCACGAACCAUGCCGCUCGUAUCGACCAGAUCAUUACCGAGCUCUUUGUCGAUGCCUACCGUCGCACUUCGCUCUCCCUACUGCAGAAGGACCGUGUUACCUUUGCAAUGCUUCUUGUACAAGCUGCGCCCUACAAGAUGGACAAGACCCUCAUUGACAAGAUCCUUGACGUGGAUGUGGAAGCGGUCGAUGUUUCCACUCAGCCAGAACGCAGGGAAGAGGCGCUACAACGCGCAAGCAGGCAGUCCAUCUUCAAGGACGACUUGGACAAGAUCGAAGAUGAUGCCUGGGAUGCAUUCUUGACCGAGGAGCUUGCUGAACGAUACGUACCUCAGGCUUGGCACGAAGACCUCAACAAGUUCGAUAAGCAAUUGCGGGCUCUCAUUCUGGUCAAGUUGUUCCGUGUUGAUCGCCUCGUACCCGCAGUCGAGCGCUUCGUUACGGAAGUAUUUGGCAAAGGCAUCCUGGAUGCUAGUGGUGACCUUGGCGACAUUGUCAAGCAAGUUAACGCCGUCACCCCUGUUGCACUCAGCUCCAGCCCUGGAUUUGACGCCAGUUACAAGGUCGACAACCUCGUCGAGAGGGAGCGCGUAUCGUGCGCCAACAUUGCCAUGGGCUCCAAUGAAGGUGCCACCACCGCAGACAAGGCCAUUGCCAACGCUGCUACAACGGGCAACUGGGUGCUGGUCAAGAACGUUCACCUGGCUCCUCAGUGGCUUCAGUCACUGGAGAAGAGGUUGGAAGCGCUCAAACCUAACCCUGAUUUCCGUCUCUUCUUGUCGAUGGAAUCGAGCCCGAAGAUCCCUGUCAACCUGCUUCGAGCGUCUCGCGUUUUAUCUUACGAGCAACCUGCUGGUAUUCGCGCCAACAUGAAGGACUCACUGUCGUCUCUAGCGGAGAAGGCCAUCAAGCCGCCUGUGGAGAAGGCGCGCGUCUACCUCAUCUUGUCUUUCUUGCAUGCCGUGGUCCAAGAGCGUCUUCGCUACGCACCAACUCUCGGCUGGAAGGGCUUCUGGGAGUUCAACGACAGCGACUACGAAUGUUGUAGCUUCAUCGUCGACACCUGGAUCGACACCGUCGCUCAAGGCCGUUCCAACAUCGCUCCCGCCAAGAUCCCAUGGGACAUGAUCACCACUCUCGUCACCGAGAUGUAUGGUGGUAAGAUUGACAACGAAGCCGACUGGCGCACUCUCACUUCCAUCGUGCAAGAGUGCAUGACGCCCGCGGCUUUCGAGGACAACUUCAAGAUCGUCAAGGACACUGAGCACAGUGAGGGCCUCGAGCUGCCUAGCUCCACCGGCUGGAAUGACUUCAUGCAGUGGGUCAACGAUCUGCCUGAGCGUGAGCCGCCUACGUACUUGGGGCUGCCGGCCAACGCGGAGAAGUUGUUGCUUGUGGGGCAGGCCAAGGAGAUGGUUGGAAAUUUGAAGAGGGUGGUGGAGAUGCUGGAUGAGGGCGAGCACAUAAUGGCUGAGGCUGAAUCGUAGAUCUCUACGUUCGGCUUAGAUUGAUAUCGAAGAAUGUCGCAUGGAUAGUGAAUGGCGCUAGGUUUUGAGCAUUUGCAUGAUAGUAGGGGUGGGUUUCGUAUCGGUUAGAUCCAUAUAUC